CCAUAUUCGCGACGAGUGCCGCGACGCCUGUGCUGCGAAUCACCAUCUAGAAUCUCUCCUGGCGCGAAUCGUCCCUUCAAUCGUCACUUCUUCCCUUGCUUUGGAUUUGAAUCCAGUUGCAAAACCCUAGAAUUCCAUUUCCCCCUCGAAUCCAAGUCAUUUUUACAAGUCGCAUCUGAAUUCAGAGGAUCUCCGUCUUGAAAAUGGCUGAUCCGAUCCCCGAAGAAGCAGACGCCCCACUGUGCCCAGGCGACGAGAAUCCUUCGAAAGCGGAAACCCUAGACCGGAAAGAGAAGAGAAAAUCUUUGAAGAAGCUGAAGAGGAAGCAGAAGAGGAAGGAGAUUGCGUUGAAGGAGCGGGAAGAGGAAGAGGCAAGGCUGAAUGAUCCAGAAGAUCAGCUGAGGAUGAAAUUGGAGGAGCAGGAAGAGGCAGAGAGAAUGGAGAGGGAGAGGAAGGAAUUUGAAGAACGCGAGAGGCUGUGGAUUGAAGCUGCUGCUGCUAGGAAAGCCGAAGAGGAUGCGAGAAGGCAGCUUCUAGAAGAAUCACAGAGAAAUAAGGAGCAAGAGGAUGAGUUGGUGGAAGACGAUGACUGGGAAUAUAUUGAUGAGGGGCCAGCUGAAAUCAUCUGGCAAGGAAAUGAGAUAAUUGUCAAGAAGAAGAGGGUCAAGGUUCCAAGCAGAAGUGCCAGUCAACAAAAAUGCAAAGAGGAUUCUGACAGACCAACAUCAAAUCCACUUCCUCCACAAUCGACUGCUUUUGCUGCCUACAAGAGUACUUCAUCUGUUUCUGCACAGGAAGUGUUUGCGAGUGUUGCUCAGCAAACCCCAAAUUUUGGAACUGAACAAGAUAAAGCUCAUUGUCCUUUUCACAUUAAAACUGGGGCAUGCCGUUUUGGGUCACGUUGCAGCAGAGUUCAUUUUCACCCUGAUAAAUCCUGCACAUUGCUUAUUAAGAACAUGUACAGUGGCCCAGGCAUUGCUUGGGAGCAAGACGAGGGGCUUGAGUAUACGGAUGAAGAGGUUGAACGUUGCUACGAAGAGUUUUAUGAGGAUGUACACACGGAGUUCCUGAAGUUCGGGGAAAUUAUUAAUUUCAAGGUGUGUAGAAAUGGGUCGUUCCAUUUGCGUGGAAAUGUGUACGUGCAUUAUAAGUCCCUGGAGUCAUCUUUGCUUGCUUAUACUUCUUUAAAUGGCCGCUAUUUUGCUGGAAAACAGAUAACAUGCGAGUUCGUUGGGGUUACCAGAUGGAAAGUUGCUAUAUGUGGGGAGUACAUGAAAUCAAGACUUAAGACUUGUACUCGUGGAACUGCAUGCAACUUCAUCCAUUGCUUCCGCAACCCUGGGGGGGAUUAUGAAUGGGCUGAUUGGGAUAAUCCACCCCCUAAAUACUGGGUGAAAAAGAUGGCUUUUUUGUUUGGCCCUUCUGAUGAAACAGAAUACGAGAGGCAUGUGGAGCUGGAUAACCAGGAGCAGCCAAGGAAUUCCAGGAGGAAGCGAACAAUCAGGUACCGCUCUAAAAGAUCUAGGUCUGGCGAGGAUUCCCAGAAUUCCGGUGGAGAAUACUCUGAUGAAAACCGUGGUCGGUUGCAUAGUCUUUCGAGUAGGAGGCCACAGUCAAGGAGCAGGAGAAGGGAAACAAGCUUUCGCAACGAACAUGAACAAUCUCGAGAGAAACAUAAAUUUGACUAUGGAAAGUAUAGAACCGAUCAUCAUGAUUCCCGUAGAGAUUACUAUGAUGAAAACAGAGACCGUUCGGAUAGGCAGUCAAGGGCAUUGUUGAAAGGACGGAGAAAAGAUAUGUGUUUCCCUGAUGAGCAUGAUCGAUCAGAAGAAGAAUACAGUUCCGAUGAUUAUCGACUUGAGAAGAAGUAUAGGACCUGUGAUCGUGCUGAUCCAAAUGAAAACCGAUACAGGGGUCAAUCGAUUGGGCGCUUGAGUAGCCGGAAAGAGGAGGUGAAUGGUCCCAAUGAAAGUGACAAAAUAGAAAAAUAUAAUAGCAGUGAUCGUGAAAGUUACCGAGUGAAAGAUAAAUCCUCCGAUUACGAUUCUGGAAGAGACUGCCCUGAUGCAAACAAGGAUCAAAAUGGCUGUCAUUUGAGCAGAAGGGCGCAAUUGACUAGCUGGAGAAGGCGGGCAGAUCUUCCUGAUGAGCAUGGGAAAUGUGAACAGCACUACGAUUCAGAAGAGCUUGAACCAUAUGAUGCUGGUAAAGACAGAUCCUCUGGUCACAGCCUUGGGAGAGAAUAUGACGAUGGAAAUGAAGGCCGGGACCAUAGCCACUCAAGGAAGAAAGCAAGGUCAAGUAGUUGGGAAAAGGAGUCAAGUUUCAAUGACGAGCACAGAAUUUCUGAAGAGAAGUAUGAUUCUGGUGAUCACAAGCGAUAUAGCAGGAGAUACAGGUCCCAGGAUUGUGAUUCUAGUGGAGACUAUUCUGAUGUAAGCAAAUCCCGACAUCGUGAUCAUUCCAGCAGGAGGGUACACACUGGUAGGCGUAAAAGGGAGAGAGAUUCUCCUUCUAGGAAUAGACAAUUCCAAGAGAAUCACAAAAGGAACCAUGGAAAGGGUAGUUCCCAUGAUCGCGAACAUGAGGAUCGGAACCAUGGAAAGGGUAGUUCCCAUGAUUGUGAUCAUGACAAUGAUAGAUAUGAGCCAAGAGAAGUGGAGGCUGAUGAUGUAAGUUUUUCUUCUAAACAAGUGUACAGUGGCAGGAAGAAAAAAGAGUCAAAAUCUGGCCAGAAGGUAGCCUGUGAAGGCUUGCUAUGUGAUGCAAGUGCCCAAGCUUGCUGCCGGACCACCUCCGAAGAAUCUGGUGGUCAGAUCAAGAAUCAAAAGGAAUCCUACAACAGGCAUUCUGGAAACCACUGUGUUGGUGGCAGUAGAAGGAAAAGAUACAAGGACGAGGAAAAUUGUGGAAAGAACGUGAUUGAUGAAAUGGGUGAUUCGGACACUGAUACUCCCAAGUCCAAGUCAAGGGCAUCCAGGAAGCGAUCGAGAAGCAGAUCACCUGUUCAACAUCGUGGCAAGUCAAGAAGGAGAGGGAGAAGUCAUGACAGAAGCCAGUAAUUUGCAAGGAUUUGGCUGAUCGUGUUUUGCAUGCGAAAGAUUAUCAUGCAUUGCUUAAUCCAAGUCUUCAAUUAGAUAGUGAUCUGUAAAUCGUUUUUUGCUUGAAAUGGUUUUGAUAUUUUUUGUCAUUUUUGCUUAAAAUGGUGUUGGAUUUAACCCAAAAAAACCAGCUUUCUUCUGUAAAUCCAUGCAUUGCUUAAAAUAGUUAGUGGAAAUCCAGUUUGUAUCUCCUUUUAUACUUA